UCAUCUUUGUCGAGGACAUUGCUUGUCCUAUAUUUGUCAGAAGUUGGUGUCUUAACGUGACAUUUAUAUCAACGGCAGCCAUGAGUGCCUUGAUAACAAACACAGUCGCAAAUGACAAGGGUGAAAGCUUGGACUUCAUGCAGAACCGGAUCGAGUCGCUGAGCAGCAAAAUGGACAAGCUCAUCCACAUUCAGGAGAAGGUGCUCUACAGACUGGACGGGAUGUCCCAUGACAUUGAUGACAUUGAAAAGGAUAUGGAGAAUCUGAAGGUUGACAAGGAGGAGAUCCAUUUGCCACCCAGAGUUAUGAACCAGACCCAGGUGAUGGGGCGAGAAGUGAAGAAGAUCUGCCAGGAGAUGAGCACCAUUAUGUCGGCAGUGAACCAGCGGUCUGAGCAGCAGGCUCAGAAGCUGGAAGGGAUGGAAAAGCUGGUCCUCAGCAUGCAGCAGGUGAUCGGCUUCAUCGGGGAGACAGUGAAGAGUUCAAAGAUUAUGGAGCUGAUACUCAAAGGUCCGACUUCUCGGAAGGUCUCCAAACCCAAAGACAACAAGGGAAAGCAAGCUAUCAAGCGGAAAUCGUCUGCAGACACAAUAGCCAAGAAACAGGACAAGAAAACUACCUCUAACAAAACCAGUAAAGGGAACCAACAGAUAACUUCUGCAUGUGAGCCCAGUGCUCCACAGCCUUCUCACAAGAUAAAGCUCCACGGACCAAAGCAUUUCCUCGCCUCCCGCAAAUGUGGAUACUUUAUGAAAGACCAUAAAAGCAGUGAUGGGGCAGAGAAGCCUUGUCUGAGCCCCAAAAGUCAAACAGCUCAGAAGAGGAUGAAGCCACCAGACACAACAGAUAACAUCUCGCUGAAGAAGCAGGUUUUGCUUCGUCAAGAGGUCCAGAAACUCAAUUUCGAAAACUCAGAGAAAACAGCUCACCAGCUCACUCCUGGAAGCCUGGAUGUGGAGGCUGCAGUUCCCCCCACAGAUCAGCAGCUUGAUUCUUCUGCUUGCAAGUUGGAGGACCACCAGUAUGAAGAUUCCCAGGCGGUUGAGAAGAACCACGAGGUUGUUAAGGCGUCUAUUAAAGAGGAAGCACAGACAACAAUUCUUGAGGGAGAGCCAGUGGUUGCAGAGCAGGAGCCUAAGCUUGACAAGGAGGAUGCUGAGAAGGAGAAGGAAGAGGAAAAGCUCAAAGUCCCAGAGAAAACAAAGGAAGAGGAAGCUCCUGCUGCAGAAGAAGUAGCUAAACCCCCAGAGAUACCUGCUCCUCUUGACACAAAAAAAAAUACAAAAGAACCAACUCCUGCAAGGCCUGACGCCUCCCCAGCUGAGCAAGACCAGGUUGAGGAGAGCAGCAGCACAACUGCCAAGUCCUUUGUGACCGAGGAACACUUUGUCGUGGAGGAAUACACAGCAGGCCACGAGAAGGUGAAGGAGACGAAAGAAGACGAGGAAGAGAAUGACCCAAAGCUUGAGUCUGCGGGCUUGGCCGUGUUCAAGUUGGAUGAAGUCGAAUACCAGUUUAACCUCGAGCAAAAGUUGGAGAUGGAUGCGAAGGAAAAUGAUGCAGAAAAGGAGGAAGAUGGCAAUGUCGAGCGCUACUUUAUAGACACCGCUCCUCCUCUAGGGGCUCCUUUCAAUCACCGCAUUGUGUCGGCCAAGCCUAAUCAGAUCAGCAACUUCUACACCAUCAGCUGGCAAGACAUACUGGGCGGGGGUCGUUUCGGCCAGGUGCAUAAAUGUGUUGAAAACUCAUCCGGUCUCACUUUCGCAGCCAAGGUCAUUAAAGUCAGGAGUCAGAAGGAGAAGGAAAUGGUGAAGAAUGAGAUCCAGGUCAUGAAUAAUCUGGACCAUGCCAACCUGAUCCAGCUCUAUGCAGCUUACGAGUCAAGGAAUGACAUCAUCCUUGUUCUUGAAUAUGUAAGUGGAGGCGAGCUGUUUGACAGGAUCAUUGAUGAAAACUACACUUUAAUGGAGCUGGACGCCGUGAUGUUCAUCAGGCAGAUCUGUGAGGGCCUGCAACACAUGCACAAAAUGUACAUCUUGCACCUGGAUCUAAAGCCUGAGAAUAUUCUGUGCGUGAGCAGAGUCACAAACAAGAUCAAAAUCAUCGACUUUGGUCUCGCCAGAAUAUAUAAACCCAGGGAGAAACUGCGAGUGAAUUUUGGCACUCCAGAGUUUCUCGCCCCAGAAGUCAUCAACUACGACUUUGCGUCAUUUAACACAGACAUGUGGAGCCUCGGCGUCAUCACCUACAUGCUCCUGAGCGGUCUCAGCCCCUUCCUCGGCGAUGAUGACAAUGAGACUCUGAAUAACAUCUUGGCCUGUCAGUGGAACUUUGAGGAACAAGAGUUCAGGGAUACGUCAGAAGAAGCCAAAGAUUUCAUCUCCAGGCUCCUAAUUAUAAAUAAAAGUUGGAGGAUGAGUGCAUCUGAAGCCUUGAGACAUCCUUGGUUGUCAAGCACAGGGCUUCAUCAUCGCCUUCAUUCAAAGAAAACCAUGUGUAGGUCACGGCAAUCAUCAUGUGUGCUCGUGCCAAAUAGUUGAGGGCACUACAUUGAUGUGACAGCUCCAGCUGUGGCCACUUGGACCAACGCUCCUGUCCAUGUGUAUUAAUCUAAACUUCGGUAGAUGUACCUGUGCCGUUUCUUUUGAAAAGUCCUAAACUGUGUUGUGUUAAUGUAAAAAUGUUUUCAUUCAAUCAGAGAGAUGAGUUUUCAAUGAAUGGUGGUGUUUAAAUGCACUACAAUAAUAUGUGAGGUUGCUUUUUCGUCCUGUUUCACGUUCAGUUAUCCAAUCUCUUAUCUAUAACCAAAUACGUGUAUACUUAAUACACUACCAUUGUUUGCUGCUGUUUUCAUGUCCUACUGAUAGCGUUCAAGAACUUAAAUGUUAGAAAUAUACCUCAACUGCUCAAGGCUACAACAUGAUCCAAGUGAUGUGACAUGUGUCAUAACUCGUGAUGCCUUUCUCCCCCUCUCACUUAGAAAUGUCGUGUCCGAGCUGUAAAUAGACGGCGAACUGUAGAUUGAAAUCCACGUGUUGUCAUGGCUUAUGCUUGCUGUGCGUCGAGAGAGCGCGUUUGCGUGGCUGUUGUCAUGAGUUGUUGUAUAUGUGCACUUUAUACUGUUAUUUAUUUAAACACAUAUAUCAUAUAUCAUAUUCGCUGCUAGUAGAAUUCAUCUUAUUGUGCCGUGUGCCUGAGCUGCCAUGCCACUGGAGUGCACUCUGGCUGCGUAUUCACAGCCCUCUAGAGGCGUUUUCAACAUUUCAAAGUUGUCUUUGAAAUACCUUCUGUGAAGGUUCACUAUAUACACUACCUACUUAAUGAUAACGCAGUGCAUAAACUAUUGUUAGUUACUAUGUUUUUAUGAUUUCUAUGUUGUUGAACACGGAGUGACUGUGAGAGAAGCUGUCCCCACCGAGUGUUAGGAAAUUCAAAUUCAGCAUGUAGUUGUGUAGUGUGUAAAUCUCCAUUAAAGUGGAACUGUCACCAGA